AUGGGCGCUCUCUGCAGUAAGGAAUCCGACAACUUCGCCGGCCCCGGUCGCCCCGUUGGCUCAGCGCCCCCACAAGGCGGGACUUCCUCCGUCCCAAAGACCAUCAAGGUCGGUGGUCCGCCUCGGACGCUAGGCGGCGCGUCGGCGACCAACGACAGCGAUACCCCGGAUGAAGCCCGGAGGAAAGCCGCAGCUGCUGCAGAGGCCCGCGCGCAAGCUUCCAAACCUACGGGAAAGCUUGGCAGCAAACUAGAAGCCCAGAAGAAGAUGUCCCGCAUGGACACUCUAGCAUCUGCGAGCUCUCACGAACAACGAUCGCGGGAUCUCGAUCAAUCAGCUGCAACCUUACGUCACGACUAG